UGGAUAAAAUGGCACCUACGCCUUCACUUUGUCUUCUGGUUCAGACUUCAGGUGUCGUGUCGUCGGAUCCGGGAGAAUGCUAGGGGAGGAGUUGCUGGAGGGGGCCCAACUCUGUUUCUGCCUGGCUUUCACUCUUCAGUGCAACUUUCACCUUCGGGCUUCCAAGUCUCCUUGGGUAGAAUGGACCUCUUGUUUGUGACAGUGUUUGUUAGUGCUUUCGGAAUCGUUAUUACACAGAGGGCAUUCAGCUAUACUGAGAUCCAGAGAUAUGACGGAUGGUUUAACAACCUUGCCCAUCCUCACUGGGGGUCUGUCGAAAGUCAAAUGACUCGUAAGACACCAGCAGCCUAUAAAGAUGGUGUAUAUAUGAUGUCAGGCGAAGACAGGCCUAGUGCAAGAAGGAUAUCACAGCUUUUUAUGAAAGGCAGUGAUGGAUUGCCUUCCUCCAGAAAUAGGACUGCUCUGCUUGCAUUUUUUGGCCAGGUUGUCAGCAGUGAAGUAGUGAUGGCUUCUGAGAGUGGAUGCCCUAUAGAGGUCCAUCAAAUACCAAUUGACAGGUGUGAUGAUAUGUAUGAUCCUGAGUGCAAAGGAGGCAAGAGCAUACCGUUCCACAGAGCCAAAUAUGACCCAACGACAGGGCAGAGCCCUAACAGUCCUAGGGAGCAGAUCAACCGUGUCACAAGUUGGAUAGAUGGGAGUUUCGUCUAUUCUACAAGUGAGGCUUGGCUGAGCACCAUGCGAUCUUACAUAAAUGGUACAUUUCUGACGGAUGAUACUGGGAAGCUGCCGGUCAAAAAUACCAUGAGGGCUCCGCUUUUCAAUCAGCCUGUACCUCAUGUGCUUAGGACUCUUUCACCAGAAAGGCUCUUUUUAUUGGGUGAUCCUAGAAGUAAUCAAAAUCCAGCCUUACUUUCAUUUUCAAUUCUGUGGUUUAGAUGGCAUAAUAAACUAGCACAAUUGGUCCAAAAAGAAUAUCCGGAAUGGCCAGAUGAAGAAGUCUUUCACCGGGCCCGACGUCUCCUUAUUGCUCAUCUUCAGAACAUCAUAGCAUAUGAGUACUUGCCAGCGUUUACAGGCCAAGAGUUACCAAAAUAUUCAGGGUACAAGUUGGAUACUCAUCCGGGUGUAUCUCAUGUUUUUCAGUCAGCAGCGUUUAGAUUUGGGCACACGCUAAUACCUCCUGGGAUAUAUAGAAGGGAUGGGAAGUGUAAUUUUAGAGAGACCGCGAUGGGUAAUCCGGCUUUGCGACUCUGCUCGCAUUGGUGGGAUUCGAGUGAUGUUUUGGGAGAAACCAGUCUGGAGGAAGUUCUUCUUGGAAUGGCUUCUCAGCUUGCAGAGAAAGAAGAUACAACGUUAUGCUCUGAUGUGAGAGAUAGACUUUUUGGCCCAAAUGAAUUCUCAAGGCGAGAUCUUGGUGCAUUAAAUAUAAUGAGAGGGAGAGACAAUGGCCUCCCUGAUUAUAAUACUGUCCGGUCUUUUUUCAAUUUGCCAAAACAUGAAAAAUGGGUGGAUAUAAAUCCCGAACUGUUCGCUGCAGAUCCAACUCUAGAGGAGAAACUAUCUUCAGCUUAUGGCGGUUCGAUUGACAACAUUGAUUUAUACAUUGGUGGAAUGUUAGAAAGUAAAGAUGGGCCUGGUGAACUCUUCUCAGCAAUUAUCAUGGACCAAUUUGUUAGAUUGAGGGAUUCAGAUAGAUUCUGGUUUGAAAAUAAAGAAAGUGGAAUUUUCACUGAAAAAGAAAUAGAAGAAAUAAAAAAAGUCACUUUGUGGGAUGUUAUCGUCAAUGCAACCGACAUAGAUCCGGCUACUUUACAAAAGGAUGUUUUCUUUUGGUCAGAAGGUGAUCCAUGUCCACAACCAGCUAUGCUUAAUGCUUCCAUGCUUGAGCCAUGUUCGUACCUUAAAGGAUAUGAUUAUUUUGAGGGAAGUGAACUGGCUUAUGUCUACGCCUGUGUAUUCCUGGGCUUUGUGCCAUUAAUAACUGCCGGAGCGGGUUAUGGCGUUGUUAAACUUCAAAAUCGACGAAGAAGACAAUUGAGGAUGAGACAGGAAGAAAUGAAAUCUGGGAAUAAAUCAUCGAGUGCUACCGUUGACAAAAUGGCAGUUAGAGAAUGGCUUCAUGCUAAUCAUAGACGAUGCGUUAAAGUAAGGUUUGGCCCAGAGGCAUAUUUGCAUACGGUUGACCGAAAAGGUGAAAAAUUACGCACCGUAAAUUUUAAAAAUACAGAUACAGUCACAGUAGAAGAAUCAGUGUCUCCAGAAAGAGGAAAGAAAAAACGACCGAUGGUGUUAGUGAGGGUGCCCAGAGAUCAUGAUCUAGUGCUUGAAUUUGACUCUUUAUCAGCAAGAAGGAAAUUUAUAAACAAAUUAGAUUCAUUCUUAACAUCUCAAAAGAAACAUCUAGUCAUAAUACAAUCUGGCAGAGAAGCAAUGCUUUCUAAAGCAGAAACAAAGGAGAGAAGGCAGAGACGCCUAGAGCACUUCUUCAGAGAAGCUUACGCUCUUACUUUUGGACUUAAACCCGGUGAAAGGCGGAGGGGGUCAGACCACGCAGACGGUGAUGUCGUAAUGCGUACAUCGCUUUCCAGGGCUGAAUUUGCAUCUGCCCUUGGAAUGAAGCCUGAUGAUAUUUUUGUUAGGAUGAUGUUCAACAUAGUUGACAAAGACGGAGACGGCAGAAUAUCAUUCCAAGAAUUUUUAGAUACAGUGGUUCUGUUUUCACGAGGAAAGACUGAAGACAAACUGCGAAUAAUAUUUGACAUGUGCGACAACGAUAAAAACGGUGUUAUCGACAAAGGGGAAUUUUCAGAAAUGUUAAGGUCACUUGUAGAAAUUGCAAGGACUACAAGCCUAUCGGAUCAACACGUGACAGAACUAAUAGACGGAAUGUUUCAAAAUGCUGGACUGGAGCAGAAGGACUUUUUAACAUAUGCAGAUUUCAAGCUUAUGAUGAAAGAAUACAAAGGCGAUUUUGUGGCUAUUGGCUUGGAUUGUAAAGGAGCGAAGCAAAACUUCCUGGACACUUCGACAAAUGUCGCAAGAAUGACAAGUUUUCAAAUUGAACCAAUAAUUGAUGACGAUAAACCAUGGAUUACAAAGAGUUAUGAUUGCAUAGUUACAUUCUUAGAAGAAAAUCGACAGAACAUUUUUUAUUUAUUCCUUUUCUAUGUGGUAACAAUUGCAUUAUUUGUUGAAAGAUUUAUACACUAUUCAUUUCUGGCGGAACACACCGACCUCAGGCACAUAAUGGGCGUUGGCAUAGCAAUAACAAGGGGUUCUGCGGCAUCUCUGUCAUUCUGUUAUUCGCUAGUUUUGCUAACAAUGUCCAGAAAUCUGCUUACAAAAUUAAAAGAGUUUCCGAUACAGCAGUACAUACCUCUUGAUGCACACAUAGUCUUCCACAAAAUUGCAGCUUGCACAGCCCUUUUUUUCUCUUUGCUCCACACUGUCGGUCACAUCGUUAACUUCUACCACGUUUCAACCCAACCAGUCGAACACAUACACUGCCUCACAAGUGAAGUCCACUUUUCUUCAGAUUACAAGCCAGGGAUAACAUUCUGGCUUUUCCAAACAGUAACUGGAAUUACUGGCGUUCUACUGUUCAUAGUGAUGACAAUUAUAUUUGUAUUUGCUCAUCCGACUAUUAGAAAGAAAGCAUACAAAUUUUUUUGGUCGGCACACAGUCUCUAUGUUGUAUUGUAUUUGCUUUGUUUAAUUCAUGGUCUUGCUAGACUGACUGGACCUCCAAGAUUUUGGCUAUUUUUUAUCGGUCCAGGCAUUGUCUACACAUUGGAUAAGGUAGUAAGUGUAAGAACAAAGUAUAUGGCCUUGGAUGUCCUCGAAACUGAACUAUUGCCGUCAGAUGUUAUCAAAAUUAAAUUUUACCGUCCUCCCAACUUCAAAUAUCUUUCUGGACAGUGGGUCAGACUUUCAUGCACAUCAUUCAGAAGUGAAGAAUUCCACUCGUUUACGCUUACUUCUGCCCCGCAUGAAAAUUUCCUCUCUGCGCACAUCAAGGCCCAAGGGCCAUGGACGUGGAAGCUGCGUAAUUAUUUUGAUCCUUGCAACUUCAACACAGAACUUGAUCAGCCAAAGAUAAGACUUGAAGGCCCUUUUGGAGGAGGAAACCAGGACUGGUAUAAAUUUGAAGUGGCGGUUAUGGUUGGUGGUGGUAUUGGAGUUACACCUUAUGCAUCAAUCCUAAACGAUCUCGUAUUUGGGACUUCUACUAAUAGAUACAGUGGUGUUGCUUGUAAGAAGGUGUACUUUCUAUGGAUUUGCCCUUCACACAGGCAUUUUGAAUGGUUCAUCGAAGUUCUUAGAGACGUUGAAAAGAAGGACGUAACAAACGUUUUAGAAAUACAUAUAUUUAUUACUCAAUUUUUCCACAAGUUUGAUCUUAGAACAACAAUGCUGUAUAUUUGUGAAAACCACUUCCAACGCUUGUCUAAAACUAGUAUGUUUACUGGUUUGAAAGCAAUAAACCACUUUGGAAGGCCAGAUAUGUCUUCGUUCCUCAAAUUUGUACAGAAAAAACACAGCUAUGUAAGUAAAAUAGGUGUAUUCAGCUGUGGACCAAGACCGCUCACUAAGAGCAUAAUGUCAGCAUGCGAAGAGGUUAAUAAAGGAAGAAAGCUACCAUACUUCAUUCACCACUUUGAAAACUUUGGCUAAAACCAAUUGAAGUUGUUAGUUGUUUGAAUGUAAACUACUUAAUUCAGUUGGAAAAAAAUCUAUAUGUAAAUAUAAAAAUGUUAAAGAAAAAUUGUCCUUAUGUUGUAAAUAAUAAAUGUCAACCAAAUAAAAAUCUAUAUUGCAUCAUGUAGAUUUAAAUACUACAUGCAUCCUACUUGUUGACAUUAUUUUUCCCAAACUGAAGUGCCAUUUAGCCUUCUUGUUUCAGGCAUUAGUUAUUUGACUUAUCUUGUAUUUAUAUACUAUAUGUAUUUAUGUAUUAUAUAAAUAAUUUCAAC